AUGGCGGAUGAGGUGGUAAUCCACGGUGACGUUGAGGAUCGUGCGGCGAAGGGGAUCUCCGACUCCGAUCAGGGACUUGAAAGAAAGAUCGAGGAAAUGGAGAAUAAGAAUCAGGAGCUAACGAGGGAGAAUCUCGAGAUGAAGGAGAGGUUAGAGAAGCUAUCGGGAGAAAUCGAAGAGAUGAAAGGCGUAGAAGCGGAGAUGAAUCAGAGAUUCGGAGAGAUGGAGAAAGAGAUCGAGGAGUACGAGGAAGAGAAGAAAGCCCUCGAAUCCAUCUCCACGAGAGCUGUCGAGCUUGAAACGGAGGUGUCGAAUCUUCAGGACGAUCUGAACACUUCCUUGAUCGGAGUGGAUAAGACGGCGGAAGAAGUAGCGGAGCUGAAGAAAGCGUUGGCGGAGAAAGGGGAGAAGCUUGAAGGGUAUGAGAAGGAAGCUGAGGGUUUAAGGAAAGACAGAGCCGAGGUCGAGAAGAGGACUAGGGACUUGGAAAGGAAGAUCGGGGUUUUGGAAGUGAGGGAAAUGGAGGAGAAGAGCAAGAAACUUAGACUAGAGGAAGAGAUGAGGGAGAAAGCGGACGAGAAAGAGAAGGAGAUACACGAGCUGCAGAAGAAAGUCGGUGCCUUGAAUCUGGAAUUGGUGAAGAAUGGAGAGGAAUUGGAGAAAUGCAAGUCUGAGAAAAAGCUCACUGAGGAUGCUCUGAGUAAAGCUGGAAUAAGAGAGAAGGAGAUGGAGUCGAAGAAGGACGAGUUGCUGAAGAAGGUUGAGGAAGCCAAGGAGACGAUAGUUGAGUUGAAUAAGAGAAGCAUGAAGCCUGACAAUGUAGCCAGAGAGACAAACACAAAGGUCUCCAUGGAAGUAGUAGAGCUGUGGCCAGUGGCUGCUGCUGGUUUGGUUGCAGCGACCGUGUUCGUCUGCUAUUCAAAGCUAAAGUAA